UACCAGUCUCGCUGCCGCCUCGAACCGGUACAUGUAACUCUCCUUCCUAAUAGUAAUGUUCUCAAGCCAGCAUAAGGGUCGGAUGUUUCCACUGUUCUGACGCGUCGUUAGUGUGGAUAUUCUGAUAGUGCGACUCCGAAAACGACAGUCUGUGAGGACUGUUUAAGGUGGAAAGUGUGUGUGAGGGAAAACGGAUAUUUUUUGGAUCGAAUCGUGAGCGAAUUUUGAGAUAAAGAAAAAUGUCGCUGAAGAGACUGACAUUGAUAUGGAUGUUAGUCAUCCUUUUGGCGGUAGUUCCUUCGAAACAAGCGAGUGUUCGAGAGCGUUUCCCAAAGGGCGCCUCCGGAAGCGCCCCGAGGCAAGCCGAAGGAAAAACAGCUAACCAAAACCCACAAUUUGGAAACUCAGUUCAGAACCCCGCCAUAAGGGACGCAGAUCGAGGCAACAGCAGUUUUUCCAGAGGUGUGCCUGACGCGGCGCUGAGUCCAGAGGUCGAGGACUUCAAGAACUACUCUGGCUGGCGGAUCCUAAGAGUCUACCCGCCGGAUGCCGUCGCCCUGGACGACUUGGUCGCGAUGCUUUUGGAUAUGAGUCAGCUGGUGGUACUUGGCAUCUUCAAGGAAAAGAUGGUGGUCGAGGUGGCACUCCCAGGCAAUGCCACUUUGGACGAGGCAAUGCCCGAGUCGCGCUUCUCCUUCUGCGGCUUCGAUGGCCAGCGGAAGGGCGGCUCUCUCCUGAGGGGAAAAGGGGAAAUGUGCGGGAGCGAUGCCAGCGGGAAGGACAUCGGCAACAGCACGUCAGGGAGCGACGUGGGGAAGGAGGUCGUGGGCUGGGAGACUCUGAAGACCAUUGAGGACGAUUAUGCAACGAAACUGGAUGGAACAGAACCGUUCGCAUGGGACAACUUCUACCGCUACGAAUCUAUUGUUACUUUCAUCAAGGAAUUAGCGCUCCAGUAUUCCGGUGUCGAGUACAUAGAGAUCGGCAGAAGCGUCGAGGGAAGGUCUUUGUAUGCUCUGCUCUUCGCCAAAAAAGCCAAAAGUCUGAAAAAGAAGUACUUGCGGAACAUAAAAAAAGAACGCAGAAGAAACAAGACGGGUAGAAAGCCUUUCCCAAAACUCAAGAACAGCACAGGACGGAAUAAGAAGCCCGUUGUUUUGAUGGAAGGAGCCGCCCACGCCCGCGAGUGGAUCUCCCCGGCCGUGGCGACCUACCUGGCGCAGCAGCUGGCGGACUCCGGCAAGACCUUCCUGAAGCGCGUGACGGUGAUCCUGGUGCCGGUCCUGAACCCCGACGGCUACGAGUACUCGCACACCACCGACCGGCUGUGGCGCAAGAACCGGCGGCCGAACUCCGGCUCCGGCUGCACGGGCGUCGACCUCAACCGCAACUUCGACAUGGCCUUCGGGAAUCCCUCGGGCUCCAGCGACGACCCUUGCUCCCCGAUCUACCACGGCGCCGAGGCCUUCUCCGAGCCCGAGACGAGCGCCCUGCGGGACCUGGCCGGCGCGUUCAGCAAGGACGUCAAUAUCUACAUAAGUCUUCACAGCUACGGGAAGCUCAUCAUGUACCCCUGGUCGUACAUCUACGGCUCGGCCCCGAAUAGGAAGCAGCUUAAGGACGUCGCUAGGAAAAUGAGCAGACAUUUUAAGAACAACGGCUAUAAAGGCUUCCUACAUGGCCAGUCAUCCUCCCUGCUGUACAAGGCAUCCGGAGUGUCAGACGAUUACAUGUACAGCGUCGGAGUAGACUACUCGUACACCAUCGAACUCCAAGGCCUGGACUUCAUCAUGAAACCGAAGCACAUUGUCCCAGUCUCAGAAGCCAUGUGGAACACGCUGGUUUGUUCCAUCGGGGAUAUUUCCAAUACGAAGGCAGUCAAACGUUUCUGCGGGAAGAGGCUCGUGAAGACGACACUCGGAGACGGGGCGACUGCGAGUGGAUGGUUCAGGAGGCGCGUGUCCUUGAGGCGGGCAGAGCAGAUCAUCAGAUGCAAAAAUCUCGCUAAGAAAAGAGGUAUUUCGAGUGAUUCGGACGAUAGCUGUAAAUAUCGAAAAGGAAAAAGGACUCAUAAUAAAAGGUAGAAGCCAG